GACAAAUAAAACAAAAACUAUGUAUGAGAGUCUAGAUGUGGCAUCCAUAGAUGAACAUGUCAUGAAAACAUAGAAAAAAUAUAAAUAAUAAAAAUAAAAGUUGAAUAAAUACGUGGAAUAGUUAGGGGGUUCCACUACAUCCUAUAUACUAUAAGUAAUGCCUUCUUCUCCAACUUGACAACUCCUCCUUAAAACCAGUCAGAGACGAAUCAACCUAAAGGCAAGGCAGAGAAAUACAGAGAGAGAGAGAGAAAGAGAGACACAGAAAAUAUUCUCUCUUCUUGGGCUAAACCCUAAUCGCGUUUAGUAACCUUUUCUCUCUUACUUUCUCUCCUUCCUUGUUGUCGUCGUUGGUUGGUUUUCUUUAAUCUUCUUUCACAUACAUCACCCCAUCGAUCUUUCAGAUCACGGGAAGCAAGCCUUAUCUCUCUCUCUCCUAUUUUUUUGUUUUUCGGGAAAAGUCGUCGCGUUCGUGGUAUCUUUCAAUCAUGGUUUUCUGGGUUUUCGGUUAUGGUUCACUUGUAUGGAACCCCGGUUUUGAUUACGAUGAGAAAAUAAUUGGGUUCAUCAAGGAUUACAGGCGUGUAUUUGAUCUUGCAUGCAUCGAUCACAGAGGCACUCCGGAACACCCAGCAAGAACUUGCACUCUGGAGGAGAAAGAAGGGUCUUUAUGUUGGGGUGCUGCUUAUUGUGUUCGUGGUGGCCCUGAAAGGGAAAGGAAAGCCAUGGAGUAUUUGGAGCGAAGAGAAUGUGAAUAUGAUUCGAAAACUCUUGUAAACUUCUAUAAGGACGAAGACUCUUUGGAGCCUACGUUAACAGGAGUUAUAGUUUUCACAUCCACUCCGGACAAAGUAUCAAACAAGUACUACCUGGGGCCUGCUCCAUUGGAGGACAUGGCAAGGCAAAUUGCAACUGCCUGGGGACCAUGUGGAAACAACAGGGACUACCUUUUCUUGUUAGAAAAAGCUAUGUUUGAUAUUGAUCAUGAGGAUGACUAUGUGAUAGAGCUUGCAAACGAAGUGAGGAAGGAACUUGGAAUAGUUGGGAGUGGAAUACCCAAGGAGAAGAAGUUGGUGGUUACACCCCAUAUCCCAGUUGCACACAAAUCCAACAUUCCUGCUUUACAACUCCAUCCCCUGCCAGAAGCCAUUGCCAUGGACUCAUGACUCACUAAAAGAGAACCAAUGGGGAAGCCAUUAUACUAUAUUACGACCUACCUUACUUCAACCCCGGGUUGAUUUAUCAUACAAGAUAGCUCUUCCUUUUUCUAAUUGUUCUUUUCUUACGUUAUUGUAAUGCAAGCUCUUUUAAACAUACCCUUUAACCCACCUCAUGUGGAACUAGGUUCUGCACUCUCCUUAGGAUUGAAAUGGAUAAUGGCUAACCUCAAAUAUGCUCCUCCCUAGUCUUCUUUUCUGUUCUUUACACUACAAUUAGCGAAUUGAGUAAUGGUGAACUCCAAUCUAGAUUAUAUAUGAAACUCAAGUGAGAAUGUUUUAUGUUUCAA